GUCUGGCCUCUCUCCUUCCGCACAGUCCGGGUUUCCGCUUCCCUCCCGGGCGCGAGGGCGAGGGAGGGCGGCUGAGCCUCGGCCCCGGCCGCCGCCAUGUGGCCCCCCGACCCGGACCCCGAGUCGGGGCCCGAGCCCGCCGAGCGCCCCCGGCCCGACGCGGGCGUGCCCGGGCUCCGCGCCCUGCUGCCGGCGCGCGCCUUCCUGUGCUCGCGCAAGGGCCGCCUCCUGCUGGCGGAGUCGGGUCUCUCGUUCAUCACCUUUGUCUGCUACGUGGCGUCCUCAGCAUCUGCCUUCCUCACGGCCCCCCUCCUGGAGUUCCUGCUGGCCCUCUACUUCCUCUUUGCUGAUGCCAUGCAGCUCAACGACAAGUGGCAGGGCUUGUGCUGGCCCAUGAUGGACUUCCUGCGCUGCGUCACAGCAGCCCUCAUCUACUUCGCCAUAUCCAUCACAGCUGUCGCCAAAUACUCGGAUGGCGCAUCCAAAGCAGCCGGGGUGUUUGGCUUCUUUGCCACCAUCGUGUUUGCAAUAGAUUUCUACCUGAUCUUUAACGACGUGGCCAAAUUCCUCAAGCAAGGGGACUCCGCAGACGAGACCACCGCUGACAAGGCAGAAGAAGAGAAUUCCAGUUCCGACUCCGACUCCGACUGAAGGCCUGCCGGCGCCCUGGAAGCCCAGCCAUGUGGGCCUUCGCCCUGCACCUUCCAGCCAGCCAGCCGGAGCACAGCCAGGGGAGCGUGUCGGGAGGGAGGCUGUGACUUCGCGAGGGAGUUUCUGAUGGAGCAGGCCUCCGCACAGCCCUGACGUGGCACUCCCGAGCCCAGCAUGCGAGACUGCACCCCUCGGCUUAGCGCUAUCUAACCACUCCACACGGGAGGCAUUUUGAAAUGUUCCAGCCCUUCUUCCCACAUCUGUCCCGCAGGCCUUAAGCCCUAUAACCUCCGCCAAAAACAACAAGCACACGGGGACAAAGCAGACAGAGCCUUAUCGCCCACAACCCCCUCACCUGCGUUGGUGUGGGCUGGAGGGGCGAGGGCGAGUGUAUCAGAACCACUGCGGGGCCUCCCCGCCGGGCCUCGGGGGCGGUCUGCAUCGCUGCCCCUGCCCCUGCCCCUGCCGGCACUUUGUCCAGAGUGAGCCUUCCGCGAUUCUUUUGCUCAAGGAGCACCAGGUCUCUCCAUCCUUGAAGCAUGAAGAAAACUGACUGUGGCCCUGACAUCUGGGAGGGUGGGUGUCGGGCCCAUAAGUGACACCUUGCACCCUUGGGAGCCAUGUCUUUUUUGAGUGACAUGAUUAUGGGUCUAAGGUUCUUUCAAAGAAACGCUCACCCCCACCCCAGCUUACCAGGCCCGAAAGACAGAAGUUCCAGGCUACGGCAUCCCGGGUGGCUGGGCAGGCCCAGCCAAAUCCUCCCCGCUUCUGGGGCCACCGUGCCUCUUUCUAGUCGCCAGAGCGGGACCCUGAGCCCCUCUGAGAGGCAAGACGUGCCUGCUGACGUCACUCAGCGACCCUGGGUUUGUAUGUUCAGCGAGAUUUUGUAACUUUACAUAAUUUUUUUUAUACCAAAGCAGCUUCUUCAGUGGCAUUUCCUGUGACCCAAGAGGCCUGAAUGAGCCAGUUACACAUUUAGGGAUUUGUAAACUCUGUUCUUUUGCAUGUGAAUCUCCUAUUCUGAAAAAAAAAAAAAAUCCCACAAUGGAUUAAACCAGACUGACUACCUUCUGGGUGUGUGUGUGUGUGUGUG